GCAAGGAAAAUAUACAAGAGCUUGGGUAAUGCUUGGCUUAGUUCCGUCUGCCUUCUGAGGCUCCCUCUAUUUAUAGAGGAGGCCAACCACCCCAGGCAGCAUUCCAAGAGUCCUCAUUUGUACAAUUACUAAAAUACCCUCAAAUCCUCCCUCCUAGCCUAGCCUAGAAUAUUCUAGAACUACCCCUUCUAGAGAAGUAUUUACAAGGUCCUAGGUAGAUAUUUACAUGAGUGGGGCCCAAUGGGCCCGUCCAGACCCCUAUCUGGAGUGAUUCCCACUUUUGCUUGCGGCCGUGCCAUCGGGACGCUGCGCGCGAGCGCGCCAGGCCAUCGUGCCCGCGACGUUGCACCGCGACCGUGGCGUUGGGACCCUUCUCUUGGGCGUCUGAGCUCGCGGUGCGUGACAGUACGCUUCAAAUGAAAAUCAGUCUUAUAAUCGCUUCUUCCUCUUUGCAGACCUCCAACUAGAGACCUCGCUAUUUUUCUGAGCUUUUCUUUGAGAAGAUGACCGUAAAGAAAACAUCUUCCCCUGAUGAAACUGAAAUGGUGGAGGUUCAAGGGACUACUGAAGCCGAGUCGUCUUCCCAUCUACCACGAAAGAGAUGCUGGAAGACUAAAGUCGUUAAGGCUUCCUCCGAUCAACUCCAAACAGGAGGCCGGAUGGUUGGAGUCGUUGAGACUUCAUCCCAUCAAACCAAAAAAAGAGGCAGGAAGGCUACACUGACUCCUGGUGAAAAAGAUGCAAGAAAAAAGGCCUGUGACAAGAAACGUUAUUAUAAUACCAAGGAUAUGCUACAAGAAACUAGGGAAAUGAAACCUCAAUUGGAAAUUCUGAAAAAGAAAAAUGCAGAAUUGGAUAGCCAAAUGGGGAAAGUCAACUCUGAGCUUCUUCCUGCUAUCACUCAGGAUAUGAAGACAAUGAAAGAAGAUUUUGAGAUUAACUUCAAGAACAUGGAAAGUCUUAUGAACAAGUUUCUUCAAAGAGAGAUCAAGGAGAAUGACUUGACGAACAUGCAAAUUCCUAUGGACUAUCCUUAUCUUGAAGGAGAGGAGAAUAGGUUGAUGGUUUUGGCUUUAUCUGAGCACUCCAAUGGGAUUGAUGACCUCCCAACAAACAAGCUAAUUACUCAGGGUACAGGAUCUUCCCAAAACGGAAUGUCGGAGCAGCACUUCAAGAAAAUUCUGGAUGAGUUGGGGAAGAUAAUAAAUAGCAAUAAAGAAUUGAUAAGUGAGAACAAGAAGCUCAACUCUAAGGUUAAUGUACUCGACUAUAAGGUUAAUGCUCUGACUCAGGAUAUAGAGACACUAAAAAAGAAUGAUAAGAAUUUGAUGAUGAAUUCAGAUUACCCUCAGAAUAUUUUUGAUUUGUGUACAGGAGCUUCCCCAGUUCAAACUUCAUUGCAAGAAGACUUUAAGCAAAUUCUGGCUGAGUUGAAAGAGUUAAGAGAUAGCAACAAAGAAUUGAGGGAAAGCAACGAAGAAUUGAUUCUGGAGAAAGAGGGGCUCAAAUCUUUGUUUACUGCUCUGACUCAGGAGAUGAAGACACUGAAAGAAAACUAAUAAGGAACCAGGUGGUGUUACUGUUAAAAAGACCAAUAAGGCCUUGAUAAUUGACAUCUAUGAUGAGCCAAUGACCCCUGGCAAGUGCAACAUGAUUGUGGAAAGGCUUGGUGAUUAUCUUAUUGACCAGAGUCUUUAAUCCCUUCACCAUGGCUGGCCUGUUGCAAUUCUUGGCUUAUACAAACUCACAUAUGCGACUUGCUUGUAAUGGGUAGUUAGAGUUAAAUAAUUAUUGUUAGUAUUU